GGCAUUCUGAAGAGCCGCGGGGGCGGUACGUCCGGGACCGCGCGCUGGAGCGGCGCUUGUGCGCUCCGGUGCGGAUACGGCUCCGCCACAUGCGAGGCGGCCAUGCCAUGGAGCAGGACGGCAUGUCAGACUCUGUUGUGGACCUCGGGAUCAAAACCAGGUGCUUGCUCGACGGUCCAGACACAGGCGCUGCGCACAGCGCAGGGCAACGGUGGUUGAGGACCACAAGGUGGCGUAUGCACUUGGCGCUGGCCUCGCAGAGCGACGGCUCGCCACACGGACGCGGAGAGGCCAGAGCGAAGUCGCUGUUGGCAUGCGUGCACGGGGACCUGCAUCUCCAGUGCGCCCCAGCGGCCGGCCGCCUGCGCUUCUCGGCGCUCGGAGCGGCCACUGGGCGCGCGGCCGCCGCAGCGCUCUCCGCCGUGGUCGCGGCACGGCAAUCUCAGGUCGACGGCAGCGCACCCUUCUCUCCUGGCGUGCCCUCUGGGAAGCGGUGCGGGCGGCUCGCCGAUUCCGCCGAGCGCCGUCGCCAUCGCCGUCCAGGCCCUUCCAUGGACGAGGUCACGAUCUCUUGGGCGGGUUCACAGACAGCCGCAGCUCGGUGAAAUCAGGUCCACUUGCAUGCAACCCGUCCCUACUGCUUCAGUCUCCGCCAUAUUUCCAUCCUUGCAUCACCUCCUGACGCACGCGCGCGCUUAUCCCUCUCGGAUGAGCGUUGCUUCUGCAAGCUACUGGACAUCGCAGCACAACACGCAGGCUGUAUGGCAUCGUGGCAGCAGCUGCAAUUAUUAAUGUCGAG